AGCAUUGACCAUUGGCGUUGCAACGGUCUGGCAGCACUGACAUCAGCUGUUUCAUUCUACUGUUGUAGACAGUGAUGUAUAGUUUGGCUGAAUCUACUGUAAAAAUAAUUAAGAAAAUAUUAACAAAUAUCUUUUCUGACUCAAGGCUUUUGAAGCAAAUCUAAGAAUAUCUCCUCGGAUACGGAUACUUCAGUUUUUUUCGCAUCUAUAUCCAAACGCUUCAUCUUUGCCUAAAAUGCUAAAGGGCAGCACAAUAAAAGCCUUGGACGUCAGAAUCCUACGACCCCUUAUUGAAACAAGAUUGUGCUUCUCCUGUUGCAGCGGAGUCCAGCAGCGCAGCUCCUCCAGCAGCAUACACCGGUCGUACAUAACGUUCAAUGACUUUCGUAACAAGAACCGCCGGUACACCAAGAAGGAGCUUGUGGGGUACUCCAUGCAGGACAUGUACAACGUCGUGUCUGAUGUCAGCAACUACUACAAGUUUGUGCCGUAUGUGAAGCGCUCUCACGUUCACAGCCAGGGUAGCGGGGGCUUCAAGGCAGACCUUAUUGUGGGCUUCCCGCCGCUCAACGAGGCCUACACCUCGCAGGUCACCCUGGUGCAGCCUAACUUGGUGAAGUCUGAGUGCCACGACGGACGGCUGUUUAACUACCUACUGAAUGAGUGGCGCUUCGGCCCGGGCCUUAAGGACAUACCCAAUUCUUGCGUGCUGGAUUUCAAGGUCUCCUUCGAGUUUAAGUCUCUUCUGCACAGUAAUGUGGCCCACAUAUUUUUCGACUUUAUCUGCGACCAAAUGGAAAGCGCGUUCAUCCAGGAGGUGCGUCGAAGAAGUGGCCCUCCCUCGAUCCGGUCCCACGUGCUUUCCUCAAAGCGAUCUUGACCAGAGGAUGGGGUCCAGAACAAACUUUUUAGUGUUUUAAGUUGGAGUUGUGAACAUUGCAUUGACAUACCUCUUUGUUAGUACGAUUCACCAAAUUGUAAAUAAAUUGUCAAUCGAUUGGUGUAAAAAUGUACAUCCAAGAGAUACCUCUACCGACCAGA